AACUAGAAUUUCAGUUUAUCACUUAUCAGUUUUCAGUUCACACUUUCUCUGAUGAAUAAACCGAGUGAACUCGCUGACUCAGUGUUUCUCAAUCCUCAUUAAUCAUUGCGUGAAGUGAACUUGUGAGGGCCAAAAAAAUGGGAACACUAUCUCUUCUCAAAUUCUACAAACCCUUCUUCUUCUUCUCUUCGAUUCCACACUCCACUCGACCCAUUCUCUUCCGCAGCAUUAACAACAAGAAGCAGCUUCCUUCCUCUUCUUCUUUCUCCUGCUUCAGCAGCUCUGUGGGACAAUCUCAGCCGUUGACGGCGAACAGCACUUUCGCAUCCAAAUCGGAGGGCCAGAAUCUGAAGGGUCCAUCUCCCGAGGUGUGGCUGCACAACACGAUGAGCAAGAAGAGAGAGCUUUUGAGACCGAAAGUGGAAUCCAAGGUUGGAAUGUACGUAUGCGGUGUAACCGCUUAUGAUCUCAGCCAUAUUGGCCAUGCUCGCGUCUACGUCAACUUCGACCUUCUUUUCAGGUACCUUAAGCAUUUGGGAUACGAAGUGUCUUAUGUUCGCAAUUUCACUGACGUAGAUGACAAGAUCAUUGCUAGAGCAAAUGAAUUAGGCGAAGAUCCAAUCAGUUUAAGUCAACGCUACUGUGAAGAGUUCUGCCAAGACAUGAUAACGCUUAAUUGUCUGACUCCUUCUGUGGAACCAAAAGUCUCAGAGCACAUGCCCCAAAUCAUUGAUAUGAUUGAGAAGAUACUUAAUAAUGGUUAUGCCUACAUUGUUGAUGGGGAUGUUUACUAUAGUGUAGAAAAGUUUCCUGAAUAUGGAAAAUUAUCUGGUCGAGAUCUAGAAGACAAUCGAGCUGGUGAGAGGGUAGCCGUUGAUUCAAGGAAGAAACAUCCUGCUGAUUUUGCUCUCUGGAAGUCUGCAAAGUCAGGAGAGCCAUUUUGGGAGAGUCCCUGGGGUCCUGGAAGACCUGGUUGGCACAUUGAAUGUAGUGCUAUGAGUGCAACUUAUCUUGGUUACUCUUUUGACAUCCAUGGUGGAGGGGUUGACCUUGUGUUUCCCCACCAUGAAAAUGAAAUAGCUCAGAGUUGUGCUGCAUGUAAUAAAAGCGAUAUAAGCCUAUGGGUACACAAUGGAUUUGUCACUGUUGACUCUGAGAAGAUGUCUAAAUCUCUGGGAAACUUUUUCACAAUACGGCAGGUUGUAGACAUUUAUCAUCCUCUGGCUUUGAGAUAUUUUUUGAUGGGUGCGCAUUAUCGAUCUCCAAUUAACUACUCUAUCAUACAGCUUGAAAGUGCUUCAGACCGUAUUUUUUAUAUAUACGAGACAUUGCAUGAAUGUGAAAGCUUUCUGAAUCAACAUGAUCAGACAGUUAGGAAGGAUUCCAUCCCACCAGAUACUGCAAACAUUAUUGAUAACUUCCAUAAUGUUUUUGUAACCUCAAUGUCUGAUGAUCUACACACCCCGGUUGUAUUGUCUGGACUGGCUGAUCCAUUAAAAUCAAUCAAUGAUUUGCUGCAUACUCGUCAGGGUAAAAAACGACAGUUCCGAAUAGAAUCACUUGCAGCUUUGGAGAAGAGCAUCAGGAAUGUCCUGACUAUUUUAGGACUUUUGCCUACAAGUUAUUCUAAGGUUCUGCAGCAGCUUAGAGAAAAAGCUUUGAAACGUGCGAACUUGACAGAAGAUGAAAUCUUGCAGAAAAUCGAAGAACGGGCCGCUGCCAGAAUACAAAAGGAGUACGCCAAAUCGGACGCAAUAAGAAAGGAUUUGGCUGUUGUUGGGAUUACUCUCAUGGACAGUCCUAAUGGCACAACUUGGAGGCCUACCAUUCCUCUUCAUCUACAAGAGCAACAAAACAAUGCACCAUAAGGAACUGGUGUGGUGUCAAAAAAGGAUAUGCUUACAUCUCCAAAGACAAGAAAAUGGAGAGCAAGAUUUUGGUGUAUUGAAUUAUUUAGGACCAGUGUUUUACUGUUAAUACUGUUCAUUAUGGGUACAAGCGACCUUUCAUUCUUUGCUUGAAUUUUUUGUAAGGCAUUACAAAUGUGAAUUACAAAUUGGUUACUUUUAUGUCACCAUAUUGAUGAA